AUGGCCUCCUGCGACACCGCGUCAGUACACGUCGGAAAUGCCGACCACUACCACUACCCCUACGACUACGACUACGACAACUACCACUACCCGCAGACCGACAACAACGACCACGACUACGACAACCACUCCUCGACCCACUCUGCC